AUGUCAUAUCACUUUGAUACUCUUCAAUUACAUGCUGGUCAGCCAGUGGAAAAACCACACCAAGCCAGAGCACCACCAAUCUAUGCCACUUCUUCAUAUGUAUUCAAUGAUUCCAAACAUGGGGCCCAAUUAUUUGGAUUAGAAACCCCGGGUUACAUUUACUCCCGUAUAAUGAAUCCUACCAAUGAUGUUUUUGAACAAAGGAUAGCAGCUUUGGAAGGUGGGGUUGGUGCUUUGGCUACAUCGUCUGGACAAGCAGCCCAAUUGUUGGCCAUUACUGGCUUGGCUCAUCUGGGUGAUAAUAUCAUUUCAACUUCGUUUUUAUAUGGAGGAACUUAUAAUCAAUUUAAGGUUGCUUUCAAAAGAUUGGGGAUCGAGGCUCGUUUUGUUAAUGGUGAUGCCCCAGAGGAUUUUGCUAAAUUAAUUGAUAAUAAAACAAAAGCCAUCUACCUUGAAUCCAUUGGUAAUCCAAAGUAUAAUGUACCUGAUUUUGAGAAAAUUGUUGAAAUUGCUCAUUCUAAUGGUAUUCCAGUGGUUGUUGAUAAUACUUUUGGUGCAGGAGGGUUUUUGGUUAAACCUCUUAGUUUAGGUGCAGAUAUUGUUGUUCAUUCUGCUACUAAAUGGAUUGGUGGUCAUGGUAAUACUAUAGCUGGGGUUGUUGUAGAUGGUGGGAAAUUUCCUUGGAAAGAUUGGCCAGAAAAAUUCCCUCAAUUUUCGAAACCUUCUGAAGGGUAUCAUGGUUUGGUUUUAAAUGAAGCUUUAGGUAAUGCUGCCUUCAUUGGUCAUGCUAGAAUUGAAUUAUUACGUGAUUUGGGACCAACUUUAAAUCCAUUUGGUGCUUUCCUUUUAAUUCAAGGUUUAGAAACUUUAUCUCUUCGUGUCGAAAGACAAUCUUAUAAUGCUUUAAAAUUAGCCCAAUAUCUCGAAAAAUCCCCAUACAUUAGUUGGGUUAGUUACUUGGGUUUACCUUCUCAUAAAGAUCACGAAAGAGCAAAAAAAUAUUUCAACCAUAAAGAUAUUUUUGGUGGGGUUCUUUCAUUCGGUGUUAAAGAUUUAGAUACUAAGACUGAUGAUCCUUUCCAAGAAGCUGCUGCUCAAGUAGUUGACAAUUUAGAGCUUGCUUCUAACUUAGCUAAUGUUGGGGAUUCAAAGACUUUGGUUAUCGCUCCUUGGUUCACUACUCAUCAACAAUUAAACGAAGAAGAAAAAGUCGCUUCGGGUGUUACCAAAGAUUUGAUUAGACUUUCAAUUGGUACCGAACAUAUCGAUGAUAUAAUCAACGACUUUGAACAAUCUUUCAAAAAAGUUUAUAAAGCUUAA